CUUCUGCAUGUUAUUAGUUGGUUUCCCCUCUUCUAAACUCUUCAGUCCUAUCACAGGCAGUCCAGCCAGUUAUACGUUUACCAUACGGGGAAUUAUUACUACUCUACGAAACAUUUGAGAAAAAUGUCUAACUAAAAUAUACAGUUCACACAUAAAUAUAUACACUCCCACACACAAAUAUAUAAAUAUAUAUUCAACAUAUCAAGUUAAUCUUGCAUUAUUAUAUACACUUCUCUUCGGGUAUUUCACUAAAUACCAAUAUACACACAAGCAAUAUAUAUAUAUAUAUAUAUAUAUAUAUAGCCCAUAACAGAAAAUAUACUCUACAUACGUCCAUUCUUACAUGCAUAUAUGCAAACGCAUAAAUACAUAUAUAAAUAUAUACACCAUACAUUUUCAUACGCAGUAGCGUACUUGUAUACACAUACAUAAUUUAACAUAUUUUCAUACUAUGAGGAGACGAAUGUAAUUCAAUUAUGAUUUAACUAUUACUGGGAAGCAUGACAGAAGAAAAUAUAUAUUGUUAGCAGGACCUAAAAGUGUAUAAUCCGUCAUCUGACUAGUCGGCUGUUUAACACCAAACCAACACCACCGGCACUACAACGAAUAACUAUUACAACUUAACUACACGUUGUAAUCAAAGCGAGUUACACCAGUUUCAAGAAAAUUAACUGCUCGGGUUAUUAAUUUAUUCAUCAUAUUUUAGUGGUGUUAUUUCAACAUACACCUAUAUUUUUGAACAAUAAGAAAACACAAUAACCCACAUUGCACAAUCAUCGGUUUUCACAAAACUUGUUCUUCGAGUGGAUUACAGUUUAUUGAAGAAUUUAUUUGCCUAGCAUUACAGUUACUGUUGAGCUAAUUGUCUUUCACAACUUUCACAGCUGUCUUUUGCCUACAUAUAUAUUCACCCACGUGUGUCCUGAGACUUACAAGAAGUUAAACCUAUCAACAAAGCGUACUGUUCGUGCAGCAAAGCUACAUCUGUGUAUACGCAUGUGUGGAUGUAUUUAAGGAAUCUCUUUUGAGGGUAACUUUAUUGGCGGAUCGGCAGCUGUGCUUGUUCAUUAGUAGUGGUAGUAGCAGUUUGCUUGUUUGGAAAUUCUUGCUUCGUGCCAACAGAAUAGAAAUCUGUUCGCGAUCACUCCGGUCAGCGCUUAUUUUCGGAAUUAGCAGCCUGCAUACUUGAAGUAAAAGAGAAAUCCUGUCGAUAAAUCUAUUAACUUCUGACUGUUUGCUGUGAACAGUUGUGUCCAGUAGUCGGACAAGACAAACGGACGGAUGACCAGCUGACAGUUUCGACACAUCUGGCCUAUAGCUUGGACUUACAAGUGCUAAGAAGAUAGAUUAAGCAUUAUUUCACACAUUCUUUAAUCACUAUUAUCAUAAUCGCCAUCAUCACUAGCCACGUCAGUAAUAUUGUAACUAUCUGACAACUAUCUUUAUCGUGUCUCUUGUAACAAGUGCUAUAUUUGUCACCAUACUGGAUUUCUUUCCAUUUUCAUCAACCACCACCAAGCAGUUGAAAUGUAAUAAGCUACUAGCCUCAGUCAUCCAACUCCAUGAAAAUAAUAUAAUUUGUGUGCGUGUGUAAUCUGUAUUUGACGUUUGUUCAUAGAUUCGUCAUUUUUCUGCGAAUUUGUGGACGCAAGGCAUACGUACGACGUUCGAAACUUGUUUCCACCCUUCACAUUCGUUGACUAAUGUCUGGAAAGGAAUGGAGGGGUGCUCCUGUAGUCAUCACUACUGUCACCAAUUGCGAAAUAUUCGCAACAGAACAAUGCUUUCGGUCGCUCCUCCGAUGGCCUACACAGAAAGAACAGUCGAUCUUAUUAUGCCGGUGAUGACCAGCGUGGCUCCUAUCAGAGCUCAGUCUUUUCCUUCUGGACAUCAGUUAAUGAACAAUCAGUCGUCGGCCAUCACACCGGUUUCCAAGGACUUGCUGGCCGAGUCCCUGUCUUUUACCGACAGCGGACAGACAACCGUAGUAAAAUGUUCACCAACAACACAAUCGUCAAAGUUCCACCACAUCUCACCGACUGUGAUAUCUGCAAACUUAAAGAGCGAGCGACGCCCUACUGUAAAACCAACGGCGUCACUCCUUUCCUUUCGGGGUUUUACCUCCAACUGUGAAUCCAGCACCGUACAGUACUGUUGUUGCUGCCCUUCUUACUCCGAUGACUCUGGGAAAGCUCCCGCUGGCUGUUCUGUCCCUGCUGAUGCGUCACAGUUCAGCGGCGUCUCCAAGGAGAUGCGAACCAUAGAUGGAGGAGGAUUGCUAUUGCAUACAUCAUCACCACCACGAUCAUCAUUAUCAACACUUUCAUUAAAAUCAUUACCACUAUCGCCACAUUUUGUGUCGAAGCCGGACAAAAACUCGUCGACGUCUUCUAACACUUUCUUCCCUGCAACACGCUGUAAAAACAAUCGCUGUCCUGAUGCAUCGGAUCUUGCGACGACGACGACGAUAACAGCUGCAACAACAACAAUCAAUAACAAAACCUUUUCUAACUCUCCAGCGUUGGAAGAUAAAAAAAAAUGUACCGAAAAUAUUUCACUGGCGUCAUCAUCAUCACCAUCACCACUAACGACGACAGCAACAACUUUCUUUCCUGGGUUGUCAUCUCAAUCAUCAUCGUCGUCGUCGUUGUCGUCAGUGCUGUCAGCGUUGUGUUCGCUACUGUUGACCAAGCCUCUUCUAUUCGCCAGUUUGUCCGCAAAUCUGUCCUCCUCUCUCACCACCACCAUCGCCUCAUGUCGGCAAACGGUUGCCUGGCAACCCCAGCGCCUUCUACUGCUGCUCCUUGGUCUAUUAACUCUACUCUCAGUCGCAGCUGGAGAAUGUAAGGUGAACAUGUGUCAAAAGCACUGGCCAGCUUACCAUAUAAGCAGAAACAAAGAUUCCUCUAACACUGACUCUCACUCGUGCAUUUCUCUGCGAACAACCUGGCAUUGCAUACACAAAGUGACACGCGGCUGUGCGGGGAGCCUAGAGUAUUACACCGAAAAGUCGCGUGUGAAAAGCCAGAUGGAACUGUACAAGUGUCCUUUUGAAGGAGAUAUUUACAACACAACCAAUGCAAUACAGAGGCCACCGGCACACCCACCAGACCCCGAGUGUAUUUACAAUGGGAAAGGGGCUUACAAACAUUGUGGGUUGUUCGGUGAUCCUCACCUACGGACGUUCGAUCAUAAGUGCCAAACUUGCAAGAUUGAAGGGGCUUGGCCCUUAGUCAACAAUAAACAUCUAAUUGUCAUGGUAACAAAUAAGCGAGUUGGUCUGGAUAGUAGUGCUACAGCUACAAGCUUGUUGACCGUGAUGAUCAAAAGAAAUGACAAAUGUGGAUCAACCAAUGUUAUAACAUACGUCACUCACGAACGAAGUUUGCCAAAUGCCUUCGACGGUGGCGCUACGCAUUACGGGCCCGGCAAAGAGAUUGAACUAAAGGUGCUAGAACCGUCGAAAUACGUCAAAAUUCACAUAAAAUACAUUGAUACUACAAUUUUAGUUCGUCACAUUGGUCGCUACUUCACGUUUUCGAUUCGCAUGCCGGAAGAAAUUGUAAACUCAUCGACUGCUGACGAACAACCCGAGUUGUGUGUCGAUGGCUGUCCAAAACUCCAGCAAAUUGACUACAAAAAAUUCCUAGCUCGACGACAAGAGAAACUUAGGGAAUACGAAAGAGAAAACAAAAUAGACAUGUUAAGAGUCGAAGCUGAAACGGCGUGUCGUAACGCUAAUGUUGCUGGUUUUUACUUCGAUUCAUGUGUUUUUGAUUUAAUGACGACUGGAGAUAAUAAUUUUACGGCGGCUGCUUACAACGCAUGGCAGGAUCUUCUUAAGUUAAAUCCAGAGAUUGCCAAAAAUGGCCGCAACCGGACAGAUCUUUCAAUAUACGACAGUAGAUUUUCAGGAAUAUCGCCAUUGGGUGCUACAACAUUUACGAAUCUACUGGUUCUUUCUUGUACAUUGUUAACUAUUUGGUUGCAUUGUUUGUAAAAGAGAAAAAAUAA